GUCGUAAACCACCUCCAGCGUCCGCUGCUGCACGUUCCCGAGUAUCGCCACGUCCUUCGCGUCCCCAUUGCCGGCGAACGCCAGGCACACCUGCGUCGGCUUGUUGGCGUACAGAAUCCCGACGGCAUCGAUGUCCACCUCGGCGCCGCCGGCGAAGAAGAGCCCGAUCUUGGGCACCGCGAAAUUCUUAAACUUGCUGAGGUCGUAGCAGGUGUCGAGGAUCGACAGCGCCGGGCCCAGAGGGUACUUCGACAUCUUCUUCCUGAACGCCGACCGGAGGGCGGAGUACGCCGCCGGCGGGAGGCGGGUGAUGGCGGUGCCGGAGUCGAUGAUGGCGCCGGCGGCGGAGAACACGGAGGC